AUGACGACAACUUCGACUUUACCUACGAGUCUAUCCUCGAGUCUGGAAACCAGCUCUACACCCACACCCCCCAAGGAGUCAAUCGACUCUCCCGACGCGGCCAUGCAACUAUUCACGCCCGGGCAAUGCCUAUUCUGUCCCAAUCUCUCGCCAAGCUUCGCCGACAGUGUGAUACACAUGCAAAAAUCACACGGCCUGUUUGUUCCGCAUCAGCAACAUCUGACAGUCGACCUCGAGACUCUCUUCAAGUAUCUGCAUCUCGUUAUUUUUGGAUACCGGGAAUGCAUACAAUGCGGAACAGAGAGAGCUACGGUACAAGCUGUACAGCAACAUAUGGCCGGUAAGGGUCACUGCAAAUUCGAUAUAUCGGGGCCGGACUCCGGGUUUGCCGAGUUUUACGACUUCUCGGGGCCGGAAGGCGUCGCAGCCAGUGAUGUCGAGGGCGAUGGUGACCAGAGCAAUCAGGAGGAGAGGGCAACGAGGGAAAAUCGAAAGCCGCUGCUGGCCGACGAAGACUGGAUUCGCUUACCGUCAGGUAAAAUCAUAUCGAGGCAGUCAUCAGCACAAGCGGGACCCUCAUCCACCCAGUUGCGCCGCCGAACCCGAACCCCGGCUUCACAGCUAGAAUAUUACUCCCCGGUAGAACCCAACGACGAGGAGGGGUCUAGCAAAGAGGAGCCCGACUCGGGUAUACGUGACACCCGAUUGUUAUCGAAGAGGGAAAAACGAGAGAGCGCGUUGGCGACAUAUCAGCUGGCAAAUAUGAGCGCGAACGACCGAAACAGCUUGAUGCACUUAUCCGCGCCCCAACAGCGCGCAAUACUGGCGACGCAACACAGGCACGCGGAAGCGGCGCAAAAAGAAGAGAAGCGAAGGCAGACCAGAAUUGAUCGAAAGGGGAACAAAAAUCUGUAUGCAUAUUGGGCCACUGAAACUCCCGUCUACCAAUGUGGCUAG